AUGUCCCCUUGCCCUAGGCACACCCUCCUCAUCGAUCCUCAUGAUCCUCUGUCUCCCGCAGCUGCCCUUCUGCAUCCCUUGCUUCGCAUCGACAUCUGUGAACGCGUUUUCUUUGCCCUCAGAUGCCAGUUCGUCUUACGCCCCGCCGAAUCCUCAUCUUGUUAUCACUCCUCCCAAUGGCGUCUUCUCGUACAUGUAAACCGACGUUCAUCCCCAUCUCCGGACCCCGAGUUUCCGCUAAAAUCCAUCACUUUCUUGCUCUCCUACUUUGGACCCCCACCUCUUCGCCUCACCGGUGGUCUUCCCAACAUUGACGUUCUCAUGUGCCCCCACCCUUCUCUGUCUGCACAACGCUAUCCACCCAACCCCCUAGCGAUUCUCUACGAAGGCUGUGAAUAUUAUGGGUUCGAUCGCGAUGUCGCGUGCCCCUCUUUUGACUCUUUCCCAAUCCCUCCUAACUACUUCUUACGAUACGUUUCUAAUACUCCUUUCGACUGCCUUUCUGUGUUCAGUCCGUGUCCACAUCUGGUAGAUCCCCAGCAGAUCGAUUAA